AUGCCUCCUAACGCAAUCGGCGACGUCAACAACGAUGACUAUGUGGCUCAGGUGCUUGCGGGAGAAGCGCGGGAUAGCUCUCUGAAAUAUUCGGUCCAGGGACUGGGUGCUUAUAUGCCUAAACGACCUACCGGCGCAGCUCCUAAACCGAAUACACAAUUUUUACGUCAUAUCAUCAAUCAAACGGAUAGUCAUAAUGCAGCCUUGAAGCGAAAGGAGGAGAGGGAGGCAAGGGAAAGGAUGCGACAGCUGCGAACCCAAGCAAUUGACUCUUCGCACGAUGCCACCAAACCCCGUCAUCGCCAUUCUAGAACCGACGAUCGAGAUUCGCGACGUGAAAGAAAGGACGACCGUGAUGAAAGAUACCGGUCGCAUCGACGCAGGCAUAGGAGUCGUUCAGCAUCCGAGGACAAGGAGCGUUCCAGUAAAUAUCGCCAUAGACAUGAUACGGAGGAAGACGGCCAUAGAUCAUCCCGCAGGAGUCGUCGACAUCAGUCCUACUCUCGAUCGCGAAGUCGUUCGCCUAAGGACCGGGAUUCAUACUCUCGCAGUCACCAUCGACGAUACCGACGACGUUCCAAUUCACUCUCGCGGUCGCGGUCGAGAUCUCCCCGAGCGAGGGAAAGUCGGAGGGAAAAGGACAGACACAGUGAACGCAGUGGCCGGCAUCGCUCCCGUGAACGCGAUCUAUCUCGAAAACACGCCACCACUCGCAAGGAACCGUCUACCGCACCUUCUCAGCAGAACGGAUAUGAUACAGACCCUCUGGAGGAUUUGGUCGGGCCUCUUCCCCCGAAGGAAAACGGCUUUGAUGAAAAUGUACCACUUCGUUCCCGCGGCCGAGGUGCUUACAGACCCAACGCUAGCAACAUUGAUGCGCAUUUCGCCGCCGACUAUGACCCUGCACUGGACGUGCAACUAGAAGACGAUGACGCAACUACGAAGAAGUCCAGUCGCCGCCCGGUCCCUGGAUUAAUGACCGGAGAUGAUGACUGGGAACUUGCUCUUGAAGCGGUCCGGGAUCGAGCACGUUGGAGACAAAGGGGCGAGGAACGAUUGCGAGAGGCUGGUUUCAAUGAUUCAUUCGUGGAGCGGUGGAAGAGCAACACUACCUCCACAGCCGCAGCGGAUGACUCUGAGGGCAGACUUGAAGAUGUGAAAUGGUCGAAGAAAGGAGAAGGUCGGGAAUGGGAUCGCGGCAAAUUUGUUGACGAUGAGGGUCAUAUCGAUGUGAAAGCCUCUUGGUAG